AUGCCUACGCGCGCAAUCAAGGCUAUCUUUUAUACGCGCUUUCACCACGAAAAAGGCUCACGCGUCCUCCACCAAGUCCCGGCGGGCGCAGUAACGCCCUCGUCUUCGCCCUCAGCUCUUCCCGCACCCCUCUUUCCCUUCUCUUCCAUCACACAAUACCUCAUUCCCACCCAGCAGUUCUGCGACCGCCUGAUUACCUGCUGCGCCAACCACCACCGCAUCAUUGGCUACCCAGUCUGCAUAAAGGAGGAGAAGAAGUACGAGAGAAACGAGUUCAUCUUCAACUUCGCCAUUGUGAUUGGAGAGAAUGAAGUUGAUUGGGCGUGCUACGGUCAGGUGGUGCGAAAGCUGGGCAGACUGCUGAGAGGGUUAGAAGAGCAGGGCGGAUUUCUGAGCAAGGAAGAGGAGGGCGUCUGGGAUGAUGAGAACGUAGGGCUAGGAAUAGGUGGAGGCGGCAUGGACGACAGCAUGGGUGCGACUGGAUUUGGAAUGGGCAGCGGCAGCGGCAGCAAGGUGUAUGCGCUAUGCGAGAUGGUGCUUGAGGAUCUCAACAACUAUGCUGAAUGCAUGAUACCAAUUGACGACUCGAAUACGAUCAAUUUGAAGCUGUUCCCUACAAGACAACCUCCGCCGCCCGUUCAAGCACACCAGGUCCCUCUCCUCACCAUGUCGCUCGCUGGUCUGCAGUCGCCCAUCUCUUCAGACCUUACCUUGAAUCGCAUUCUGCCAUACAUCAAUGGUGUUCAUUCGAUAGCGCGCAUUGCUCAGCUGGCCGACACAGACUUGUCGUUGACGCGCAGAGCCGUCCAACACCUGGUCUACUAUGGAUGUCUCGUGCUUUUGGACAUUUUUCGCUUCGGUGCCAUCUAUGCACCAACUGCAGAGAUUGGCGGAUUUAUCGUAGAUGAUGAUGUCAAGGAGGAGUGCGUGCGCUAUGUUCGGACACCGCGGCUGAGGAUGGGCUCGGCAGCCAGCAAGAGUACAGUUGUGAGGGAGGAGUCGGGGAGGAGUCGCGACGAACGAAGCUCCAUCUCUUCUUCGGCAUCACAGCAGAGCGAUGCCGCCAGUUCGACAAUCCACGUCUCCGACUUCGAUGCCGAGGAGAACAAGGACGAAGAAGAUGACGAGUGGCACGUGGAUCACGAAACGAUCAUCACUCUGUACACCUCGUUGCGGCAAGGUCUUACGCUGAAAAGCUGGGUGUUGGAUAACGUCGACCUGCUCAGUGGGAUAGACAUUCGCCGCUUCAUAACCUUUGGCAUCAUCAAAGGCUUCCUCUACCGCGUGCACAAGUACGCAUACGCAACAUCAACAGCAUUGCCUCCCGCACCAGCAGCCAGCCUCCAGCAUUCAGCUGUUCACUCAGCAUCCAACUUGAGAGACUCGGACACGACCACAAUCCGUGGCAACUCCCGCCACCCUUCCCUCUCCAACCUGCACUCCCAUGCACAGCAUCCUUCGUUCUCCCUACACCGCCCAUCUGUAGCGUCAACGACCAGUCUGAAUCCACACCUGGCGAACGUUCAUCAGCACCAGCAACCGCCGAGCAUCUCACGAAACCAGGAUCUGAGAGACAUGAACGAGCUGGUCAGUGAGAGGGAGAGGGAGAGCGGGCUGCAUCUGGUCAGGUUUCUGGACGGUAUGCAUUGCUUUGAUGAGAUUUGUAGUGAGCUCUCGCUACCGGAGAAGGUGGUGGAAAGAAAGAUUAGAGGCUCAGGCGAGGAUCUGGGAGUCAUCAUACACCGGUGA